UUAAAACAAAAAGGAAAAUAAUUAAAUUCAGUUGCCCUUGCCCUCUUCUGAUAAUCAUAAUCCGCAGCAUCAACUAACUGCAAGCUCUCUACUCGUUUGCUCUUUCUCUCUCUCUCGCCUCUCGGUCUCUCCCGCUUCGCUCGGCCGACUCCGGUCUCUUCCGUUCCGUAGAAAUUUUCGGAUUUCCUUCUUCCGGUCUCCUCGAUUUCCCGCUCCCGUCGCUGUGCAUUUCGCGGUUGCCAGCUGAGCUCGCCGCCGGCGGUUUCCUUUCGGGGCAAAUCUAGCACUUCUUCGCCGGUCCGAUUUGCAGUGCGAGGAGUAGUCUGAUUGCUAUCGGAUCUGCGAGACGCACUUCGAUACGCUCCGGACUGAGAUGCGCGUUGAUUAGCGAGUGAGAUCGCUACCAAUUGCGCUUCGAAGCAGCCGUACUCAUGGCGAUCUCUAGUCCUAUCACUCCCGGCCAGGUCUCCUUUUUCCUUGGAAUCAUACCUGUGUUCGCUGCGUAUGUCUACUCAGAGUUUCUGGAGUACAAGAGAAAGAGAGUAACCAAAGCUAGGCACUCGGAUAUCAGUUUAGUUGAAGUGGGGCUUGAUGUGGUCAAAGACGAUGAUAAAGCUGUUCUGUUGGAAGGAGGGGGUCUUCAAUCCGUCUCUCCUCGGGCUCGUAACUUGCAUUCUUCAUCUCCGAUAUUCAGGUUCCUUUUCAUGGAUGAGCAGUAUUUGUUGGAUAAUCGAUUGAAUCUUAGAGCAAUUUCCGAGUUUGGUUUCCUUUUGGUGUACUUUUACCUUUGCGACCGCACUGAUGUCUUUGGCUCUUCAACAAAGACCUACAACCGGGAUCUUUUCUUGUUCCUCUACUUCAUUCUCAUCAUUGUUUCAGCCAUUACUUCUUUCACGAUACACCAUGAUAAGUCACCGUUCUCUGGAAAACCCAUUCUUUACUUGAACAGACAUCAAACCGAGGAGUGGAAAGGCUGGAUGCAGGUUCUAUUUCUGAUGUACCAUUACUUUGCUGCAACGGAGUUGUAUAAUGCAAUCCGAGUGUUUAUUGCUGCAUAUGUCUGGAUGACUGGAUUCGGAAACUUCUCCUAUUACUACGUGCGGAAGGAUUUUAGUCUUGCCAGAUUUGCACAGAUGAUGUGGCGGCUUAAUUUCUUGGUCAUAUUCUGCUGCAUUAUUCUCAAUAACAGUUACAUGCUAUACUACAUUUGCCCAAUGCACACUCUCUUCACUCUUAUGGUGUACGGGGCCCUCGGUAUUCUGAACAAGUACAACGAAAUUGGGCUGGUCAUUGGGGCAAAGAUUGUUGCAUGCUUCUUGGUCGUGAUUUUCAUAUGGGAAAUUCCUGGAAUGUUUGAGAUCCUCUGGGGCCCAUUCACUAUAUUUCUCGGUUGGUGUUACACUGAUCCUGCAAAACCUAAUCUGCCUCUCUUGCAUGAGUGGCAUUUCCGCUCUGGGCUUGAUCGUUAUAUCUGGAUAAUUGGAAUGAUUUAUGCAUACUAUCAUCCGACAGUAGAAAGGUGGAUGGAGAAGCUGGAAGAAAUGGAAAUGAAACGUAGAAUAUCAAUAAAACUUGUUGUGUCUUCAAUUGCAUUAACAGUUGGAUAUCUGUGGCUUGAGUACAUAUAUAAGUUGGACAAGAUUACUUACAACAAAUUCCAUCCUUACACCUCAUGGAUACCGAUAACUGUAUACAUUGUUCUGAGGAAUGUCACCCAGUACUUCCGGAACUUCAGCCUGACCCUUUUUGCAUGGCUUGGAAAAGUCACCCUGGAGACUUACAUUUCUCAGUUCCAUAUCUGGUUGAGAUCAAGCACCCCAGAUGCUCAACCAAAAUUACUGCUAUCUCUGAUCCCGGAUUACCCGCUGCUUAACUUCAUGCUUACUAGUGUGAUAUACGUUGCAGUUUCCUACAGACUCUUUGAGCUGACAAAUACAUUGAAGAUUGCUUUUGUGCCCAGCAAAGACAAUAAGCGGCUGGUGCACAACAUUAUAACAGCCGCAGUUCUUUCCACUGCUCUGUACUCGCUGGGCUUUAUAUUUCUGAGAGUUCCCCAGUUAAUGGUUUAAACUUAACGGGCCACCACAGAGUUCCAAAUAGGAACAUUAUAUGCUUGUUCUCGCAUCUUUGCUUCUUGUGCAAAGAAUCUGAGCUGCUAAGAAUGAAGGAAUUGUGCCGCUCUUGACUGCUGAGUCAGUCUUUUGGUUUGAAGAUUUUCUACCUUUGUAUAGGUAACAAGCAAGGUGCGUUUAUGAUCUCCAAAGAGAAGAGGCCCCCCUGUAUUUUGCCCCCUUUCAUUCUCGGGUCGAUUAAGUGUAGCUGUUAUAGUAGUCCAAAAUUUACUUUGUUGGGAUGAGUUAUAAGAAUCAGAGUCUGUAUGUCAUACAAAGUAAGCGUUCGCGUUAUUCAUUCUUUCGCUCAUCGCUACGUACGGGAAUCCACUAGUGGUAUCAUUGCCCGAAUUCGUGUUUCGUACAACGUCCUGCUAGAUUUAAACUUAAACCGAGGGAAUACAAUUUUCUUUAUCUGAUGUUCUUGUCUGAAUAAAGAUGAGUUAUCAGCAAUAAUCCUAUCUAAUGGUGUAUGGAUCCUAGGUUCAGAUCAACCGUUCCCUUGAUACGUUACCAUGUUAUCUUGAGAUAUAAGAUGUAUCACGGACAACUACUCUACUCGGAAAGAAACUAACAUACCCAAAUGAUAAAUUCGCAAAUACUUCUUAACAAACCAUUUCCCUCGCCCAAUCUGCCACCUCGAGAUACUUCGGAAUAAGAAAAGGGAAAGAAGAGGAACCCUCAAGCAUCAUGGAAAACAUUUCAUCAGCCAGAAUGCAACAACUUUGAUUCCCCCAGUUUUAUCAAACAAAAGCGACCAAAAUAAGACGAGCAAAACCAAGUGAUUCCCACAGUGGUAUUUUGCACUCUGGUACAGGGUCCUUGUAACCAUCAGAGAACUCCGCCUGCUACUGAAUAUCCAUCCACCCUUCCGCGCUUAAGAUGGGAUGAAAUGUACUCCGCGAUCAGAAUAUGUGCACAAUGUCGUAUGGAUACGUCCAGAAGAGCACGAAACAUACCAUAAGCCCACCAAAGAAGCCAUCAAGCAGGA